UAAAAGUCAUUUAUUUUUAAGUGUCGUGUCUUAAGGGAUUACAAUCUUUCUUCGUUGGGUUCAGUAAACCUUUAACAUAACCAAAUCACGACCAAUUGACACGAUCGCAAAGCCAUGAUUGCUGAAGUUUUGGUUCUAAUUGCUUUUCUCAUUGAGAAUUGCACUGGUGUUGCGCUUAUAGAAACUUAUGAAGAGAGCACGAUACAUUCGCCAGCAGAAGGAGAUUCCUUAAUCGAACAACAUGUCAGCUCACUUGAAGAUUUCACACAUUUUGAUCCUACGGACGCCAUUUUCCAAGAAUACGAUCCUCCACGACAUCUUGAAACAGAUCCCAAAGCUUGGAAACAAAGUUUGCCAUCUUUCAACAAGUCUUUCUGGGAGUGUCUGAAAACUGUGCUUCUCAUCCAAGCGGUGACUUCGACAGUUUUUGAAUUAGCAGCUAUAUUUGUGGUUUUCCUUGACUUCAGUACCGCAGAGGUGUGUUAUAACAAAGUAUGGAAUGAAAUGCCAAAGAACGUCCAGCAUCUGAGAGUAAUAGCACAGUGCGUGGAAGCUUUUCUUCUCCAAAUGUGGAACUUAUUUUGUAUAUGGGUGAUUAUACCAUCUUCCUUGAUCAAGGAACUCAACAUACUCACACACAGCUUAGUGGCUGCCUUUCUUGACGUUAUCUACAGGCUCUGCUUGCAAAUGUAUGGUAUCUAUAGACUUUCGUGGAUGAAACCUCCUCUCAAUGCUUUGUUUGGACUCGUGGUACUCAUUAACCAUUAUCGUUUAUCCCGCCAUUGUUAUCCUAACUCAUUCAAAGACACUUUAAAAUUACACUUUGUCAUUACGUCUCAGUUUACACUAGGGGUACCAGUGUGGUAUUUACUUGUGUAUAAGUUAGUUCCACUCUACGUGCAGCAAGAUGAACACGUCAAACUGUUUAUUGCUGCGUUGUGUCCACUGUUGACUGUCUUGCCAAAAGCAGUUUCUCGAGUGAGUGCACAGAGCGAGAUUCUAAAGGGGCUUAUGCACCCUGGUAAAGCAUAUUUUCUUGUUGCAAUCACGUAUGGGAUUUCAUCUGUUGUAUUUCGUGCGAUGCAGGCAGAACUGAAUAGUAUUGGUCUCUUUAUAGCUCUGGGGAUAGUUCAUGCUUUCAUAGAUCUUCUGGAGAGGAUUACUAUUACGAUGAGAGAUCAUAUUUGGGAGUAUUUGUAUCGCUUGGUGCGACGACAGAGAAGGAGACAACCAAAGUACCGCAGUCCAAGAAGUAGGCGUUUGAUAGCUGAUAUCAGCAUCCAGAUCAUGAUGCAAGAGGUUACUGCUUUGGUUACGGCUUUAGGAUUUAUAAGUGUAUAUCGCUUCAUUUAUAGCCAAAAAUCCUUGACGAAUUUUGAGAUAAUAACCGAUUUUUUAGUCCGUGCAGGGAUUGGCUUACUCAUAGAUGUGGUUUUCAAUGUCAUUUCUCUCUUGAUCCAGACUCGUGUCAUGAAUAUAGCGGUGAACAGAGUUUGGAAGAAGAAAUGGCGACACCACAUCGUAGUCAAUAGUUUAAUUGUUUUUAUAUGUGUUUUGUACUUUAGCGAACAUUUGUUUAAGAUAGCACAAGAUAAGUACGAUUCAAGAGGGCAUUCUAAGCUUGAUAAACUGAACUGUUCCUUGCCAAGCUUCCUCUAAGGCUUUAAGUAUUGUGCUCUUAUUUUUGUGGUUUUGAGAGCGCAUGAUAACCUAACAACCGUUUGUUCUCGCUGUAUCGUUCCACUUUAUAUUGUGAAUCGGUCACAGAUUGGCUGAAAAAGCACGUUUAGAAAGCGAAUUAAAGGUACUCUGAUUAUG